AUGAUAGUAGAAGAUGGAAGGAGAUUGAAUGGCGAACCAUAUUGUGUGGUUUUAUUUACGCUGACUCAUGUAUACAUUCUCCACGUGUACAUAGAAUUCAUCAACCGUAGGCGAAUUGCACUUGAAACAGAGCGACAGGAGAUCUCGGUGUACACCUCGCCAUUGACCGUCUUAUCGUACUUUGUGCUGUACCUGUUACAUGAGUUCCGCAUGCUUCUUGUCUGGAUUGUAUCACAGCAGUACCUUCUAGUAGCGUUACCACUUCUCACGGCAGUGGUCUACUUUGUAUACCAGACGGACGGUGCUCAUCAACCGCUGCUCAAGCACGCAGAGUCUGGAUUAAUUUGGUACGGAUAUUGGACAUUACUGGGAAUUGCCUCAUCUGUUGGAUUGGGCACUGGAUUGCACACAUUCAUCCUGUUCUUGGGCCCACACAUUGCGGAGGUAACGCUUGCUGCCUACAAAUGUGGAAACACAAAUUUUGAUGUUCGUGGUGAUCAAAGAUUUAUUUGUAAAUCGUCAGAAGCUGAUGUAGUCAGCCUCACAAUUUAUGCCAUUUUCCGAGCCGUGCAAUGGGAGAGUUUCUUUUGGGGUUUUGGAACUGCCAUUGGUGAACUACCGCCAUACUUUGUUGCAAGGGCUGCUGCACUCUCAGGGAAUAGGAAUGAGGAAUUGGCUGCUAUUGAGGACCUGCUCAAGAAGAAACCCGACUCAGUCUCAUAUAAGGAGCGUAUUCUGCUCAUGGUACACGAAGGAAUGAAGCGUUUAGGAUUCUUUGGUAUCUUUUUGUGCGCCUCCAUCCCCAACCCUCUUUUUGAUCUCGCAGGGAUCACCUGUGGCCACUUCUUGAUCCCAUUCUCGACCUUCUUUGGCGCCACUUUCCUCGGAAAGGCUGUUGUGAAGUCAUCAAUCCAGACACUCUUUGUAAUCCUCAUGUUUUCAGCUGAUACAUUGGCUGCUUUCAUGGGAUGGCUCGAGACUUCGGUCCCGUUGAUCCACGGAUACUUGGCUGACGGCAUCAACUCACAGAAGGGAGCUCUGCAUGGAAAGGAUCGAGUUUCGGAAGACGAGCUGGAGAACUCGACCAGUCUUGUUGGGCUAAUCUGGAACACAAUCAUCUUCAUCAUGAUCUCCUAUUUCUUGCUGUCGAUCGUCGAGACAAUGGCGCUGGCGCAGAUCAAGAGACGACACGACCAAGAGAUUGUAGAGUUAGAGGGCAAGAUCCGUAGUGGCGAUACUAAGGAACUUUUUGUAGCAGUUUCAGAGGGAUUUGGCGAUACUACAAAGAAACGCCCAUCAUCGCCAGCACCAUCAUCUCCUUAUUCACCAACGUCACCGCCAUUGACUAAGUCGAAAUGA